CAACGACAUCUGUAGUGUCCAACCUCAGUGAUUUUCACUUCUCUCGUAACGUUACGAUCGCUCCAGGCAUCUCCAGGCAAUAAUGGGUCAACGUAAACACCCACUGCGUAGAUUAUUCCAUGCACUCACAGCAAGCAAUAACAAAAUUUCAGUUUUCCCUUCACAUGCAAUUGUAAAUCACCGCAAUUACCUUCCCUUACUAUCCUCAUGCAAAGAUCUCAACUCUCUCCUUCAAAUUCAUGCCCGUUUGAUAGUCUCAGGCCUCCAAAACGACCCUUUGUCUAAUAUCCAUAUUAUAAAAUCUUACCUUUCUUUUAAAAAAUUUGACUUUGCUCGGUUUUUGUUUGAUUUUAUGCCCAACCCAAGUGUUAGAUUGUACAAUAAUAUCAUAAGAGCUUAUACAAGUGAGAAAAAUUACCAAGAAGCUAUAAAAUUGUAUCACUUGAUGUUAAAUAAUGGCUUAGAGCCAGACAAAUAUACGUUCACUUUUGUUUUGAAAGCUUGCAUCGGUGGGCUGGAGUUUAAAGAGGGUAUGUUGAUUCACCGUGAUAUUGUCUUUAGAGGGAUGGAGUGUGAUGUUUUUCUGGGGACUGCUCUUGUUGACCUGUAUGGUAAAAUGGGUAACUUAGAGUUGGCAAGAGAAUUGUUUGAUAAAAUGCCUAGCAAAGAUGUUACAACGUGGAAUGUAAUGAUUCUUAGUUUGUCGCAGAGUGUGGAUCCUAAGAAGGCAUUGGGUUUUAUUAAGAGCAUGCAAUUGAGUGGUUUGGAGCCUGAUUUAGUAAGCAUUGUGAAUUUGGUUCCAGCUGUUUCGAAACUGGGCGAUAUUGAUGCUUGUAGGUCCCUUCAUGGUUAUGUUACGAGGAGGGGUUUUGUAGCAAUUGUUUCGAAUGGGUUGAUUGAUAUGUACUCUAAGUGUGGGAACAUUGAUAUGGCUUGUCAGAUUUUUGAACAAAUGCAAGACAGGAAUGAUAUUUCAUGGCAAACAAUGAUGGCAGGGUAUGCACAUAAUGAAUGCUUCUUUGAGGUUUUGGAGUUGUUUGAUUGUAUGCGGAGAGAGAAUGUUAGGUUGAAUAAAGUAUCAGUUGUAAAUGCUCUUUCAGCUGCAGCGGAGAUGAGAGAUUUAGUGAAAGGGAGAGAAGUUCAUGAUUUUGCUAGACAACAACGAAUUGACUCGGAUGUUUCGGUUACUACUGCUAUGAUUACCAUGUAUGCAAAAUUUGGAGAUUUGGAUAAGGCAAAAUCAUUGUUUCAAGGGCUUAAAGGAAGGGAUUUGGUUGCUUGGUCAGCAAUUAUAGCUGCUCUUGUUCAAUCAGGGUAUCCUGAAGAUGCUCUGUCACUAUUUCGAGAUAUGCAGAAUAAUUGUUUAAAAGUGAACAAUGUUACUCUGACGAGCGUACUUCCGGCUUGCGCAGACGUACUAGCCCUGAGAUUAGGUAAAAGCGUACACUGUUAUGCUAUUAAAGCGAAUAUUGACUCAGAUAUCUCAACUGGAACAGCCUUAGUGUCCAUGUAUGCUAAAUGUGGAUUCUUUGCUUCAGCACUGACUAUAUUCAAUAGAAUGCCAUGUAAAGAUAUUGUUAUGUGGAAUGCUUUGAUGAAUGGGUAUAUUCAGAUUGGUGAUCCUUAUCAUGCAAUGGAAAUGUUCCAUAAAGCACAAAUAUCUGAAAUAUGUCCAGACUCGGGAACUAUGGUGAGUUUACUUUCAGCUUGUGUCCUUUUAUUUGACCAAGGCCAGGGAUCCUGCAUGCAUGGACAAAUUAUAAAGUGUGGUCUUGAAUCUCACUGUCAUGUAAAAAAUGCUCUCAUUGACAUGUAUGCCAAAUUGGGAAGCCUUUCUGCUGCUGAAUUCUUGUUCAAGAGAACUGAUUUUAGAAAGGAUGAAGUUUCCUGGAAUGUCCUGAUUGCAGGAUAUGUGCACAAUGGACAUGCCAAAGAAGCUAUUUCUACAUUUUGCCAGAUGAAAUUAGAGAAUUUUCAUCCUACUCCAGUCACAAUUGUGAGUGUCCUUCCUGCAGUAGGACAUUUGUCAGCCUUAAAGGAAGGCAUGGCUUUUCAUGCCUGUAUUAUCCGGAUAGGAUUUCAGUCCAAUAUACUUGUUGGGAAUUGUCUUAUCGAUAUGUAUGCCAAAUGUGGACAGCUUGAUAUCUCAGAGGAGUUAUUUCAUGAGAUGAGGAAUAAAAACACCGUUACAUGGAAUGUGAUGAUUGGAGGAUAUGCAAUUCAUGGGCAAGGGCACCGUGCUACUGAACUUUUCUCACUUAUGCAGAAGAGUCAUGUCAGGAUUGACUCUCUGUCUUUACUCAGUGUGUUAUCUGCUUGCAGACAUACAGGUUUAAUAGAUGAAGGGAGGAAACUAUUUGAUUCCAUGAAGAAAAAGCACCAGCUUGAACCAGGUUUAGAACACUACGCUUGUAUGGUGGAUCUAUUAGGUCGUGCUGGAUUAUUUGAUGAAAUUUUGCAUUUAAUCAAAGCAAUGCCUUUUGAACCUGAUGCCAGAGCAUGGGGGGCUUUUCUAGGUGCGUGUAAAAUGCAUUCGAAUGUGCAAUUAGCAGAAUUUGCAUCAGAUCGUCUUGUUCAACUUGAACCUGAAAAUCCAACUCAUCGUGUGGUUUUAUCAAAUGUCUAUGCUAAAUAUGGAAGAUGGGAAGAUGCAGGAAAUACAAGAUCAAAGAUAAUCAAGACAGGACUGAGGAAAAGUCCAGGAUCGAGUUGGGUUUGAGGCAGUAGACAAAACUAAAGUGUAUCUACAUUUGGAGUGGAAGAUGGGAGCAACUUACUAUAAUCUCUUUACUUAAAAAUUAUAAGGCAGUAGAGG